CUAUCAUAAGAUAUAUAUGCUUAAUAACAGUAUACUAAUACUUAACUGCAGUAAAAAUGCUAAAUCCACAUCAUGUGAAAAAAUACAUUUACAGUAAAAGUCCUGCAUUGAAAAUGUUCCUUCUGUAAAAGUAUGUGACCAUCAUCAGGAAAUCAAUGGCAAUUCUGGGGGGUGGCCAGUUUUACAUUACACAGUAACGGUCGUACUGAGGCUGUGAGAGGUGCUCAGCAGAUGUUUGGCAAGGCAGAUCAGGUGACCCAUGAGAUGAGCACACUGCACCUGCUGCUGGUCCGUGAAACAGGAGGAUGGUCACAGUUACAACAGCAACAAUACAACAACGAUAAAAACGCUGGAAUCUGUCGAUUGAGAGCUGACCAGCCACACCCAGAGGAGGAUCCAGCAGUGUCUGGAGCUCCACCUGCUAAGCAUGGUACUUCAUCUAGUGAGCAAAGUGAUUCAGAGGGCAUGUCAGUAGGUGAUGGUGACACCGAUAACAGAGAGGCUCCUCAUGUUGCACAAGUACAUGCUGCCCCACCUGGACCUCACGACAUUUCAAAGUCCAGAGCAGCAGGUCCUACACAGCCUCAACUUAAGGUAUUUCCGCGAACCAUUCAAGGCAACAGAAAGAGGUCCUUCGACAGCGAGUGGUCUAAACAACACCCAUGGCUCGAGUACUCCCAAAGCCCAAACUCUGCCUACUGUUUUGCAUGUCGACACUUCUCUUUGCCAAACACCCCAGCAUCUGUAUUCACAUCACAACUGGGAUUCUCUCAUUGGAAAAAGACCUUCUGCCAGUCCGCUGGUGGGAAUCUGGCUUCCAUCCACUCAGAUGCAGAACAUAAAUUUAUCAGAAACUACAUUAAGCAAGUGACCGGUUCAUACAGACAUUCCUGGAUCGGAGGCACCGACGCAGUGAAGGAGUUUACGUGGUUGUGGACUGAUGGAUCCAACUUCGACUACACAAGCUGGAAUGCGGGGGAGCCUAACAACCUCGGAGGGGAGAACUGUCUUGAGAUGAACUGGGGUGGAGAAAACUGGAAUGAUGGGCAUUGUACCAACCAGUUUUCUUUCGUGUGCUCCAAGAAUCUAAAACUGGAACGACGCAGGCUGUACCUACCAGGCUUCUUCCGUGUGCUCCAAGAGCACAUUCUUCAAUGCGGGGCAGCCUGACAACGCCGGUGGACCGGAGAACUGUCUUGAGAUGAACUUUGAAGCAAACUGGAACGACUUGGCUUGUACCAGCCAGGCUUCUUUCAUGUGCUCCAAGAACCUGUGUGUGUAACUCUACCACGCCAUCAUAAUGCCUCUACAGCUCAUCUAUAAUCUCUAUCAUUGAUUCACUUUCAGUUUGCUGACAGUUGACUCACUUUCACUUGUUUAUUAUCUGAAGAGUUAGGGAACAGUUCACAUUUGGGUUUAAAAUUAGACAGAAACUGGCUCACUGAGCUGGACAAAAAACAAUCAGUGAUUGGAUUUUUAAUCUACAGUAAAUAACACAAAAUGAAAUACAGAAAACAUUUGAAUACUCACAAAUCUUUUCCAUUUUAGUUUACUGAAUAUUAUCUGUUAUAAACAGCGCACACUCAUCUGAUAAAAUAUUAACACUAAUUAGAUUUCUCUCUGAGAGUUAUUGUUCAGAUCGAUACAACUCUCAUGUGUGCACGCCAAAUAUGAAGUUCCCUUGAGCAGAUUUUAGCUUAGCAUAAAGACUGGAAACGGGCAGAAACAGCUAGCUUAGCUUAGCAUAAAGACUAGAAACGGGGAAACAGGUAACUUAGCUUAGCAUAAAGACUAGAAACAGGGGGAAACAGGUAACUUAGCUUAGCAUAAAGACUGGAAACAGGGGGAAACAGGUAACUUAGCUUAGCAUAAAGACUGGAAACGGGGGGAAAUAGGUAACUUAGCUUAGCAUAAAGACUGGAAACAGGUGGAAACCAGAAGCUUAGCUUAGUAUGAAGAGUACUGGCUGGAAACAGAUAGCCUGACUCCAUCCAAAGGUAAAAUUACCAGACAUAAGUGGUGAUGAUCUUUUUAUCCAAAAUGUCCAGAUAGAAAAUAAAAGUGUAUAUUUUGUCGGACCUUUCUGUGAUACAAGAGGAGAAUGCAACUGUAAUCACACUUCAUAAUAACUAUUAAUAAUUCAUAUAGUCCACUGGUUUAAUGAACUUGUUACUUUUUAUUCUUAAAACUGAUGUAUUGUGUUCUUUAUUCAUCUGAUUUCCUUUACUAUAUAAUCAACUAAACAUUCAAAAAUAAAAGACAUAUUGUCACAUAAA